GUACCGGGUAAUCAGCUAGUAUUUCUUCUGACACUAUGUAUGUGUCUCUGGAAGUGAAAUAAAAAAAAAUAUUAUUAAUAUGCUUAUUCAUUGAGACCAAUUUUAGAAUAUUCUUUCAACAUAUAUUCUGGCUAAAAUUUCCUUGACACAAAAGGCACGCAAGGUCAAUAUAAGGAAACAAUAACUACCAUCUACGGAAAUAGAUUUCUCAAAUUUUGAAGACGUCAUAGGAACAAUAGUGGCUACUGUAUAACAAAUUUACUUAAGAAAAAGCGCAAAUUUCAUGAUUAUAGAUAAUAGAAGUCUCAGUGCGUAUGACCCAGAUUGACUCGAGAUCAGAAUGCCCUUUAACCCAACGCCUAUGGUGUCGGAUGACCAGAUAUCCAAUUCUCUUGACAGCCACCAGCACCAACUGACCAGUUUCAAGGGCGAACGGUCGGAGGCGACAGGCAGACGGGUCAUCGUAGGAGUGGACGGAAGUGAACAGUCAAACUACGCUUGUGAAUGGUACUUCAGUCACCUGUGGAGUAGGGAAGACUAUGUGAUCUUACUUCACUGUCCAGUAGACCAGAUCAAGAAUCAUUGGAGCAGAGGUGUGGGUCAUUUGUUUAACAGAGAGUUUACGGGAAAACAGCUGAGCGAAGGCGAGAACCUAAUCGACCACGGACUGGAGCAUUUUCAAGGGAUCUUAGUCAAACAUGCUGCUAUGGGUAAAGUGUGCGUGAUACCAGCUCGAAAUCCCGGAGACGCCAUUUUGCUAACUGCCGAAAAAGAAUGUUGCGAUCUGAUUGUCAUUGGCUGUAAAGGCAAGAGCGCCAUCUGGCGGACGCUUCUGGGAAGCAUAAGCGAUGACAUCAUAAACAAAUCUCUUAUUCCGGUAGCAGUCUGUCGUAAUGCUGCGCCACCUCGCUCCUCCACUGACCAGGUUCUACUUCAAAGAAAUCUAGACCGGCUUAAAAAUUUAACAGAAUUGAAAGUCUCAGCCUAAACGUACGAGAACUUUCUUUUUGCUGAGGUUUCACACGACCUGAUUGUAUAUAGAGAUAUCUAGUUCUCCAAGAGCCAAUCAAGACUACAAGAUGAAGUGGUCUAGAUCAUUUUAUAAUUAUAUUUUGAUUUGGAUUCGAUGUUUAAUUAAAGUAAUGUUUGUAUUUGC